AAUAGUGAUAAAUAUAUAAGUGAAAUAUUUAAGUUAUUAAUGUUUAUAUUUUUAAGAAACAAAAUCAAGAAAUGAAUACCAAACCUGUAUUUUCUAAACCUGGAGCUUCAACAUGGCAAGAAGACAGACCAGAUAUCGAUGCACAUUCAUCAACGCAGUUUGUCUACAAUGCUCAUCAUUCGCUUGCACUGGAUAUGCAACGCAAGCGAUUACCUAUAUACAAAAAUAGAGAUCAUAUAAUAUAUCUGCUUGAAAAAUAUCAAACUCUCGUCCUGGUAGGAGAAACUGGAUGUGGCAAAAGUACACAGUUACCACAGUACCUUCUAGAAGCAGGAUGGUGCGAAGAUGGUAAAAUAAUAGGAAUAACAGAACCCAGAAGAGUUGCUGCUACGUCAUUGGCAAGUAGAGUUGCCGAUGAACGUAAUUGCAUAUUUGGUACCGAAGUUGGUUAUUGCAUACGUUUCGAUGAUUGUACCAAUGAAUCUACAAAGAUCAAGUAUAUGACGGAAGGAAUAUUAUUACGUGAAUUAAUGAGCGAUCCAUUGUUGACGACAUAUGCAAUUAUCGUAUUAGAUGAAGUACAUGAAAGAACCUUAAUGACGGAUAUCAUUAUGGGUCUCUUGAAGAAAAUUAUUCGAAAACGUAAAAGUUUGAAAGUCGUAGUCUCCUCCGCAACGGUCGAUGCGGAACAACUACGUGAUUUUUUUAAUUUGAAUACAACAAAGGAUUCUUCAAAGGAUACAGCAGUAAUUAUGAGCGUUGAGGGUAGAUUAUAUCCAGUAGACAUUUUCUAUGUCAGAGAACCAGUUCCGAAUUACGUUACUAGUGUUGUGGACACAGCUUUAAAGAUUCACGAAGUAGAGGAACCUGGUGACAUUUUAGCAUUUCUCACAGGACUCGACGAAGUAGAUCAAGCAGUUUCUCUUUUAUCGGAACAUGCUAAACUUAUAAAGGAUGGAAAACUAAAAUUACAACCACUGGCGAUGUAUGGAUCUUUACCGAAUAAUGAACAACUCAAGGUAUUUUGGAGAGCUGCCAAAGAUACGCGAAAAGUUAUAGUUGCAACAAAUAUCGCUGAAACUUCAAUUACUAUUCCGAACGUCGUUUACGUGAUCGAUUGUGGCUUUGUUAAGAUGCCCUGGUUUGAGCCAGAAACACAAACUAAUAGUCUUACCAUUGUACCGGUAUCUAAAGCUUCGGCUGAUCAAAGGGCCGGACGUGCAGCUAGAGUUCAAAGUGGAAAAACUUUUAGAUUAUAUACAGAAGAAGCAUAUAAAGAAUUACCAGAAGCAACGCCACCAGAAAUGCAAAGAUCGGAUUUAGCACCAGCCAUCUUGCAAUUAAAAGCAUUAGGAAUCGAUAAUGUACUUCGAUUCAAUUUUCCAUCAGCUCCACCCAGUAAAAAUCUUAUAGCAGGCAUGGAAUUACUUUAUGCAUUAGGUGCUAUAGAUAAUGACGGAGAAUUGACGACACCUUUAGGCAUGACAAUGGCGGAAAUGCCAUUAGAGCCUACCUUUGGAAAAUGUCUUAUUGUUUCCGGACAAAUGGGUUGUUCCGAAGAAAUGGCCACGAUAAUAGCGAUGCUUCAAGUACAAAAUGUUUUUAUUCGUCCUGGGGGUGGUCAAGCCAUUGCAAAAGCAAGAGUAGCUCAUCGUAAAUUUGAAGUUGAAGAAGGUGAUCUGUUAACAUUAUUAAAUGUUUAUACAGCUUAUGAGACAAAUAAAACGCCGAGUUGGUGUCAAAAGAAUUUUCUUAAUAACAAAGCUUUACGAAGGGCUUCGGAAAUUCGUGGACAAAUUUGUCGAAUGUUAAAAAGAUUGGAUAUUCCUUUAAUAUCUUGCAAUGGAAACGUAGAACAGAUCUUGAAAUGUAUAACAACAGGAUUAUUUCCGAAAGCUGCCUAUUUACAUUAUACUGGAGUAUACAAAACUAUCAGAGGGAAUAAAGAUUUAUAUAUCCAUUCAAAUAGUUGUCUAUAUACUAUUCAACAACCACAAUGGAUACUUUAUUGCGAAAUAGUACAAACUAAUAAAACUUAUAUGAAAGAUUUAACUGUAAUACAAUCGGAAUGGUUAUUGGAAUUGGCGCCACAUUUUUACGAAAGAACUUCGAUCGAUCCAGUUUAAUAAAAGAAAUAUCAUUUCAUUUGGAAUAUAAAUAUUAA